AUGAUGCGAGACUUUCGCCGCCAGAGCCCUGAGAGCUCGCGGAGGCGGAGGCGUGACUACAGGCGAAGUUCCCGUGACAACCUCGCCUUUGUCCCGCCCCAUCUUAUGGAUUCGAAUAUGCAUUCAUCCUCAACAUACCCAGACUACGCUACACAACACCCGACGCCCAGUGCAACCACGACGGCAAGAGCGCGCGGUGCGGGGCCUCACGACGCAGACAAGGAGAGAGAUGGAAUCAGAGACAGGCUCGGAGACGAAACCAGAGAAACCAGAGAAACCAGAGAUGGAAACCGACGCAGAGGCAGGGACGAAGUCAGAGAUGGAGACCGAUACGGAGCCAGAGACGGCCAUGUCGGAAAUGGCAAUAGAGGUCGGGAUCGAGACCGACAUCAGGAGCAAAUAUGGGAACAGCAGUACGCAGGCAGACAAAGAACAUCUUCCGAUAGCUCUGGGUCGUUCUCUUCAAGCUCGGCUGCGUCGUCUCUGUUAGACAUUUCGCGCCGUUAUUCAAACCAGAGCCGCUUCGGAGGCAUACUUGCGACUUUUUUCAAAGCCCCCUCUGAGCGCCGGGUUCGCCGCCGGAGGAGCGGCCGGGCCAAGCAGCGGCGUGUGCUCUAUUUUGGCAACUCGUCGUCUUCAUCGGUCAAUUCCGACUUGGCCUACGGAACGGGAUAUAUUCCCAAGACCAAGAGCAGCGAAUUUAACAAGCUGCGCAAAGUCUCUGGCGCAUCCUCGGCACAGCAUACCAGAGAUGGGGACGGGAGGGACCCCAACGAACGUGAUGGAGCUGCUGCUGCGUCUACCGCCUCCGCGGCCGCAGGUAGCUCCGGUCGAUAUGGUGCUUCCAAAAGGGACAAGACGGACGAGGAAAUCCUUUCGCUUGGCCGCCAGCUUUCCGACUUUGCAAAAAAACACGGUCAGCAUGAUCCGCGAUCCUCCGGGAAGACCAAGGCACCCGGAUUCGCGGCAGCUGCCGCCGCCGUCAACGAGGUCCGCCAUAGGAGACGCGAUACAAAGACGCGUGGUAUUGCCACCUCGACACCGCGCCGUGAUUACUCGAAUUCUAGUGACGAUUCUGACUGGGAAGAUGCUUCCGAUGACGAGAGUGAUCUCAGUGAUGCCGAAUCAGCUUUGGCAUAUGGCUCGGUCGCUUCCCACAUACUGAGACCCACGAGAUCUGGCAUGAUUUCUGCAAAGGGUGCUGCAACUGGCGCUGCUCUGGGUGCAGGCGCGCCGUCCACUGCCGGCCGAUCUGGGACCUCGACGAGGCCUGCAGAGAGUCUUCCGGCUACCAAUGUCAGGAAGAGUUCUGUUGUUGAUCCCCGACUAUUCGGACCCUACAAUUCCCUCAGGGGCAUGAUAAACACUCCUUGCGGGUUUGGUGAGGGUCAGGGUCAGCCUCCGGCCGAUCACCGGCAGUUCAACAAGCUGCGCCGCGCUGAAACCGAGCCUAUUCACAAUGAGCCCAUGAGGAAUGUUUACCCCAUGCCAACCUCUGACCCGAACAAGUUCGAUGCCGAAGCUGCCUCAAACAUGUCAUCUCGCCAGGACAUUCCCUAUCGGUCUCGUCCUGCCCCGAUUCCUCUCCAACAACCUAGCCCCAAAGCACCGGUAUCCUCCAAGGUUUACGAAGCCGACAAGUUAGAAGAGGAGGGCCAGAAGCACUCACGAACACGCUCCGAUGAAACUGGCGUAGGCGCAGGCAUGAAACUUACGGGUCUUGCUGCGGCGGCGGCGGCAGCCGCAGCCCUUGCUUCUGACCGCAAGUCCAAGAGGGAGUCACGCCGAGAUGAGCGGAGAAAGGAACGCAAAGACGAUGACAGUAAAAUCCAAGAAGCCAAGGGGCCCAACCGCGUUGGUGACCCCUGGCAUGGGAGUCGAGACGACAGCUCCAAGCGCCGCGAUAAGGAUGCAGAGUCAGAGACCAGUCGCAGAUCAAAGAGAGACUCACAUUCUUCCAAAUACCCCGAUGAACGUGAUCACAAACGUCACUCACGCCACGAUGACGACGCAAAUUCUCGAAAACGUCGUGAAAUAAGGGUGGACCACUACCCUGAAGCAGAGUCGUCCCGGAAGUCCAAGCACAGUGACAAGGGCGAUCCCGAUGGAGAUGUAAAAAAUGAGGCAUCUCGGUCGUCCAGAAGAGAAAGCCGCAACUUUGAUGACCCUGAUGAACGGGGACGGGAACGGGACGAGAAGAGCAUCCUACGUCAAACACCGGGGGUCUACGAUUAUACUAUCCCGCCAGCCACUGCCACCCGUCAAUUUGUCGACCCUUUCCAGUUCCAGGUGACUGAUGGCACUUUGGAAACAUCUUUGAUCGCCGCCGCCACGGCUCCGGCGCGACCGUUGACCCCCACUGUCGUGACAGUUGAUCGGGAGCCCAUUUUUGACGAGCCGCCAUCGCUGGCGCAGUCGGACAACAGGCUGAGUCGCAAGGACUCAUUUGAAAUGGAGCGUGUUGCGGAGGAGUACAAGAAGAGCGCUCGAGAUUGUCCCCAGGACACGUAUACACGACGGCAUGACGAUGACGAACGAGAGCAUGGGGCAAGGACUAUUCAUGAUGAGGCCAUACACUUCACUGCUCCCAUUGCUGCCGCAGCCGUAGAGUCAGCUGUAGCUGUAGAGAUGGACCGGUCAAGAGACCACCGCCAUAAUGAUUAUGUCGACGACGGAUUGAGGAAAUAUUCAACGCCAAGCAAGGAUCCUGUACAGCAAGAGGCGGACAGGUACUACCGCGAGAGGAUGGCUGCUGAGAAGAUCGCUGCCGAGGAACAAAAAUCUUCCAGUGCGCCUUAUGACAAGUCUGUCAUUGGCAAAUACGAUGGCAGUGGCCAAGAACAAUCCUACACCAUUGUCACGCCCCCGGACAUGGAGGAGAACAGGACGCAUUCCAAAAGUCUAUAUGAGGGUCCUGAUGCCGACGUCAGAAUCGACAACAAGAUCUACCCGCAGGAACUUCAUAGGUUUCAGUCAAGGGACCGGGCCAGCAAUUCGUUUUCGUCCCGUGACCCUUCUUGUGAACGCGAGCGGCCGAUGCUAAACCUCGUCUAUCCUACUCCGAUACCCAGUCGUCAGUCUACCCCCAGCCUAGCACGUGGCUCAAGCGAAGUCGGCGAGAAGUCAACCUCUGCCGAACGAGACAAGGAUAAGAAGAAGACGAGCGAGGAGAACAAGUCAAUGUCCAACGACGGCUCCGCUGGGGACUAUUUUGGCGGAGCCAAAAGUGACGCAGGAGCUUCUGCAGCAGCCUCCACACUCUCCUCCUCUGCCAAGUCUGUUACUUGGGGCGAGAAUUCAACAAAGAAAUUCGAGGUUGAGAGCCCAGGACCCAGAAGUGAAGACGAGAUAGCACAUGGCAAAUCCGAGUCCGGGGAGAAGCAUCGGCCCCUCAUCAGCCAGAUGAGUCAAUGGGGUAUGAUUGCUGCUGCCAUCGCAGGCAGCAGUGCUGAGCCUGCCGACGAACCAAAAGUCAAGGGUUCGCGGUCCAAGAAGGCCAGCUCUGAUGUUGACGUGGAUUAUCGCGGCCGGUUGAUGAGACACGAAGAUGACUUGAUGGACGAUGCACGAUCUGAACCACCUAUUCCUGGGCCGAAGCCGGUUGGUCCCACCUCCGUCAAGAUGCCUGGCGGCUUCGCAGACGAUGUCGAGUUUGCAGCCACCCUCGCAGCCGGUCUCGAGGACGCUGGGUUCGACCCCAAAAUUGUGAUUGACGAUCCCAAAUACAGUCGUCGAGAUUCUCCUCCCCACACUAGCGACAAUAACGGUGAUGGAUGGAACGGCUCUUCAUUUGCUGAUGUUGCGUCGGACAUGACCUCAAAGCAAAAGCGCGUGUCUGAUGACCCGGGAUUCUAUUCCGAACCCGUCGAUAUGCCCAGAGAAUGUCCAACGGGUGGCCCGACUCAUGAGUGGCCUGAGGCUCCCGAUGAGCUCAGCAAGAAGGAAAGGAAGAGAAUCGAAAAGAAAGCCAAGACAAAAUCUGUGGAUAGUGCUGAUCCUGCUUCCGCCGAAGCACCCCAGACGGGUGUGUUUGAAGAUGCCUCCAAGAGUCGAUCAAGCAAGAAAGAGCGGCGCAAGCGAGACAAGGAGGCUGGAGCUGAGGACGGGGAGCAUUUUGACCAGACUCUGGACAAGAAGCAUCUUGCUAAGGAGGACGACUGCAACUCACGCGAGGCGGUCACUGACCUUGCUCGGGAGGAAUCUGACAAGAAGAAGUCCAGAAAGGGCCGGAGAAGCCGCGACUUCGAAGAUGACACCUCUUCAAAGGUAUCGCGCACCGAUUCAUUUGAUGACAGAUCGACAAUUCGCGUUGUGGACCCAGAUGACGUGUGGGAUGCCCCCAAAAAGUCCAAGUCCAGGUCCAAGUCGAAAACGGGCUCUGCCAGCUCCGACAUCAUCGCACGAUCGGCACCUGGUUCUGAAGUCGGCGAUCGAGAAACCCGUAGCAAGCGCAGCUCUCGAUCAGCUCCUGGGUCCGAGGUGGGUGUGAGAGAAGGCUCCAGCAAGGACACCAGCGGCAGAAAAUCCAAGCGACGAAGCGGCAUUGACUUUGACAAUUACGGAGACGAGCCACCGGGUCGGAAUCGUGACCCUUGGGACGACCGCGACGUUGGUUCUGUGAUUUCAGAGCCUCGCGGCGAUGAUCGUCGCAAGGAGAGACGAAGCAAGCCAUCAUCGCUGUACGACAACGACGACACCAAAUCAGUUGCCUCUGCUCCCGGAUCGUCACGCAAGAGCAAGAAAUCAUCCCCCUACGAGUAUGAAGACGCAGCUCGAUCAACCAUCUCCCUGUCAGGAUCGUCUCGCCGCAGUAGGGAUAAAGAGACUGAUAAGGGCGAGAAGAGGUCAAGCGGCCUGUUCGCCAGCAUAUUCAAGAAGGACAGCAAAGACGAGUCUAAGAAAUUGAAUGAGGAGUCUUUUUUAGAUAAUGCCGUCACCCUUGGCGCGGGUGUCGGCUUAGCGACUGCUGCUGCCGCUGCUGCUGCCAGCGUUUCUCGCUCCAAUGCCGCCGAGGCCUCCUCCUCCGAGAAGGUUUCCGACGCCGUCGACGCGGACAGGCACCAAAAGUCGGACGGGCUGGAAGACAUAGAUCCCGACAUUGCUCCUCGUGCAAUCAAACCAGCCAUUGAUCCUCAAUACGGCGACUUACUCCCCUUGCCCCCAAGCAAGCCUGGCAGCCCCAAGCCUCUCCUCGAAGAUCUGCCUGGUCUACCAGACAGCCGCCCAGACACGCCCCCUGAAGAGCGCGCUUUGAAACGAGACUUGUUGACGCAUCGCCGCCGCAGAAGCACCCAGGACACACCCGCAAAGUCGCCAAGCAGCACCGCUAUCCCUAUUUCUCUUCGUCUUGGUCAGAGACACGCUGGUCCCCCCAGCUCGGCCGUUACCAAUCGAUCGCCACCAAGUGACUCGCCUGUGAUGAUGCCUGAGCCAUCACGUCGAUCAGCCCGAAUCUCCUGGGAUAGCAGCAGGGAAUUCAUGCCACUUUAUCUUCUUGAACAUUCUCGACAUGGCUCCGUGGAUGACGUUCCACAAAUGGAUCUACCUGAGCUUCCGCCUAGCGAGCCAAGCGAGCCCCCUUCGGGAGAAUCGCCUGCGCCUAGACAUGCGGACCUGUGUACCGACGAAGAUGUAACUAGCAGGAAAAUCAGGGCAGACAAUCUCGCUGCUCCAGGACUUCAAAUUGAUACAGAACUGGCCUCGUCUGCCCCCGUUGAAGACAUUACUGGAUCCCAGGAAACCACUCCCAGGGCUACUGCCUGGCCUAAGCUGCCCCGUUCCCCGACUGAUCAACAAACUGCCGAGGUGACGACAGCUAGUGACGAUGACCCCGCUCCUGUUGAUUCCAUGUCUAAAGACAGAAGCUCGUACUUGCUCAACUCAGCCCCUUCUUCCACAAAGUCUAGCAAGACGGUCAAGAGCGAGCACAGCAUGCAUAGUCCGCUUGAGUCUACUCCAACCAAGCAUCAUCUCACCACAGAGACCUCGCUGCCCAAUGUCCCUGAGGACUUGACCUCGUCUGACGAACACUUCUCCGACGCCUUGGAAGGCACACACUCAGAAACCUUCGAAGAGGCUCGUGACUGGUUCGAUGAUGUGCCACCCCCAGGACAAGUCGCCACUCAGAUGUCUCUACCCCUUGCCAAGUCUGCAGUCGAGCCCACGCCGUCGGCACCUGUCGGUGAUACCGAGCCGGAUGAGCGGAAAGGCAUGUCAGCCAAAGAAAGGAGGAAGGCCAAAAAGGCCGUUCUCUCUCCUUUGUUGAAGGACGAGUUAACCAAGAUGGAAGAGACUGGUGAGUCCAUUAUGCUACAAGACGAUUUUCAGCAGUCAGAGAUCGGAAAGAAGGCCAAGAAAAAAAUUCAGAAGUCUUUUUCUUUGGAAAAGAGCUAUGGAGAGACACCGACACAACCAGUGGCCGAUAAUAUUGUUUCUGUUGCGGUGGCUGAUAUUCCUGAUAUUAAUCCAGCAAAACAUCAUGCUAUUGCUACUGGCGAGAUUGAUAACCCCGAGCAGAAUCUCCAGGACUCAGCCCUCAAUGUUACUGACGAUGCAAAGGAAGAGGUUCUCCUGCAGACCGUUGACGCGACUAUCCACGACGCUGACAAACAUCUUGUACAAGACUCCGCCCCAGAGGCUAUUCUGAAACCCGCUCAAGACGCUACCACUCCUAAUCCUACCGCAGAGGCGGACUCUUGGGAAGCUCCGAGCGAGACGGGCAAGAUGGAGGAAAUUGAGCCAAAGAAUGUCUCUUCCCGAGACAUUGAACCCGCGGCUGAAGCUACCUCAAUCGAGAAGUCCAGUGACCUUGGCGCUGAUGUUGCUCUUGAAAAGGCUGAGAGCGCUGUCGCUGCUGUAUCUAGCAAGCAACCCGAGGUUGAGGGUACCAACACAGAACCUCUUGCUCUGAACAUGUCUGUUCCUCCCGAAACGACCACUGAGCCUACAGCGUCUCCUGAGACUGGUGUGGUUGAGGAAUCUCACGACACUACGACUCCACCUGGUGAGCAGUCCACCACUGCUGAUCCUGAAGGGAUGGCAUUUGCUCCACUCUCGAAGAAGGACAAUAGAAAGGAUCUUCAAAUGGAGGAGCCUGUGCUAACGGAAUUGGAGCCAGAGACUGUGACCCUUCGCCAUCCAGAGCAACUUGAAGAAUCUAGGACGGAGCCCACUACGGAGUUUGCCAUGGAGAAAGUGGACGUGCCCGAUGGAGAAGACACCACUGCUGAAGACCCUCGUACUCUGAGUUCGUUUGCUAAAUCGGCCGCCUCUGGGUUUGGCCAUGUUUCAUCGGAUGGCGAGACAACGAAGGAUGGCCAGCAUCUUGAUGAGCCUUUACCAGUGGAGACAAUCUUGGAUGCUUCUUUGACUGUACAUAAUCAAUCGCCGUCUGUGGAAACAAUGGCCGAUCAGAUACGUAUGACGGAGGCCUGCGCUGCUAGAGACUCUACAUCGGCCUCGCAGGAGCCUGUCGAAUCUGUAGAAGCCACUGAGUCAGAGUAUGCGCCUGCAUCGAAAGACAAGAAGAGAAAGAAGAAAGGCAGGCAGUCGGACAAGACUCCACCAGGGGAUAAGGAAUCCGAGACACCUCUCAUCGUGAAGGAGGAGCUAGUCAUAGGGCUUCCUCGUGUUGAGGACACUGCUUCAGCUGCCCAGGACAGCGCUGUGCCUGCCGAGGCCGGUGAAGAUGAGUUUGCACCUGCAAAGAAGAGCCAAAAAAAGAAAAAGAAGGGCAAGAGCGCACAGUCUGAGGAGCCCUUGAAGGCAGACAAAGAGCUUGACGCUUCUGCAACGCCAGGCGAGCCUGCUGUCACCGAGGAGCUUGGUGUCCCCGUUGCAGAGCAAACUGCUGUGAGUGAUCGGUCUGCCGCUAUUGACGAGCCCGCAGCUGCUGCCGAUAACCGGCCAUCCACAACCAUCUUGUCUGAUCAGACUAUCACAGAGGAACCCUCCUCGGCUGAUGAGCCAGUGUCGCUUCCCAAAGAACCAAGUGAGGCUGCAGAAUCUGAGUUUGCGCCAGUAAGCUCAAAGGACAAAAGAAAAAAGAAGAAGAACAAGCGUCAACCUGGAGAUUCUGCAGAAGUGGACAUUACACCAGAAGUUCUUACAGUAUCGGAGGACCAGCUCGAACUCGCAAAGUCCGAGGUUGAUCUUGCCGCCGACACGGACGCCGCAGUGACAGAGGCAGAUCCAGAUCCCAACCCGCAGUCAAUCGUCUCCAGCGGUGAUUCUGCAUUAGUGAUGAAGGGCAAAAAGAAAAAGAAGAAGGACAAGAGAAUGCCGACUCAGUCGGAAGAACCGCUGUCAGAUCCUAAUCCACAACUCGUGCAUGUUGUUCCAGCUGCCCAAAUUUCAGACGAAACCGCGAUUUUAGAGCAGUCGACGACGAACAGAGAUGGAGAAGUGCAAGUGCCACUCGAAGAGCAACCUCAGCCUUGGGCUACUCAAGUUUCUGCGCCACUCUCCGAGGGCAAAAUUCCUCUAGAUUCAACGCAAGACGGCACCGCCGGCGUUGAGCCAACGCAAACAGAGGGAAAGGCCGUAGAAGAAAAGGCAUUGGAGGGUGCCGAAACCCCCCUGGUCGAGACUGAGACUUGCAAGAAGAAAGGCAAGAAAAGAAAGAAGAACAAGAAGAACAAUCAGGGCAAUGAUUUGGAACUUCUGGAAGAGAAGCCAACUGAGGAUACUGCUCUCGACCCUGGAUCUACCUCGGCUGAGACAGAGUCCGUUGAGAAGGCCCAAGAAGGGCCCGUCGCAGCGGUUGCCACGGAAAUUCCUCGUGACCUCCCAGAAGAGAGAACCGUCGAGAUGGACAUGAGUCAGGCCGAGGAUGAAUGGAGCACCACCGUCGCUGUCAAAACGUCAAAGCAGGAGAAGGAGGACAUUAGCAAGUCGCCUUCAGCUCGAGAAGCGAGCCCUACAACUAACACAUCGGCCAUCAAGGUGACGGAGGCACCGUCAUUCACUGAAGGACUUGGAUCAUUCAAGGAGAUGACUGCUGAGCCAGUACCAGACUCAGAGCGGUCCAAUAUGAAGGCGGAGCCGCUUGAAAAUGAUUCCAUUGCCGAGACAUCCGCCUUGACUUCGGCUCCGCCAGAUAUUACGGUGGACAGAACUGGACCUGCGGCUGACCCCGAGGCCGAAUUUGUAGUCCCCGCGAAGGACGAGAAGGAUGAGGAAAAGGAAAACACUUUCUUUCCGCGACUUGCCGAAGCGGAGCCUGGUACUGCGGUCGACUCGACGACCCAAGAUGCAAAGCAAGCAAUAACCGACAACGUUGUCAUGUCUGUAACCCCUGCCAUUGGGUCCGAAGAACAAACUGCAGAUAGGGAAGCUGUUGGAACUGCCAACACAAAUGAGCAGCCUCUAUCAGAAAACAAGCCGAUUGACAUAGACCCUUUGGGUAAUGCAGCGCUUUGCGAAGCUCCCAAGGGCAUACUCUCGAGCGAAGGAGAUGCCACCGAAACGUCCCCUGUGGAGAAUGCGGAUGACUCUGUACAUGCGGAACUUCCAAAGAAGGAUAAGAAAAAGAAGAAAAAGAAGAAGAAGCAGGCGGACUUGCAGCAGACCAGUCAGGGACACGAGCCACAACUCAUCGCAGAACCGAAGGCGAUGGAGCCCGAAGCUUCGCUUAAUGUGGCUCACCCUGCCGUGACUUCGAAUGACGGGCCAGCACCUACAGCUGAGACGUCCAUGGAAACGACAAUCACGGUUCAGACCAAGGAAACGGAGGCCAAUACUGAGGACAUUUGCGUUGGGCUUAGUUCGAAGCAGUCCGAUGGGGACAACAACGGGAGGAAGACUAAAGAUGGAGGCCCUGAACUAAUCACACAGCGAACCCAGGCCGACCCCUCAAUGGAUCUCACCCGGGAGCCAAUCCAGGAACACCUGUCAAAGGAUAGCGCUGCAGCUGAAAAAGGUUUCGAGACUACACGCUCGGCCGUUGAGUCCGAGACCCCUGGUGGCUUGGGGCCAGCCAACGACGAGAAAGUGGCCAAGGAUCAGGAGGAGCAUGGUGAGGCCAAGGACAACGAUGAAUGGGCGGCUGGGAAGAAGGAAAAGGCUUUGGGAAUGGAUGCUGAUGUGAGCUCAAGGACUGCUGAGGAGACAUCAGUCUCCGAGGAGCCCGCGACGACAAAGACGGAGGAAGUUGGCGGCCACGAUACGUGGACUGGUAUGGUGUCAAAGAAAGAGAAGAAGAAGAAGAACAAGAAGGCCAAGCAGGGCUCUCAGUACGAUGACUUGCCACCACAAAGUACUCCGAUUCAGGACGUCGACAACCCCUACGACGCUGAUGCACGACCAGAGGCCGAAAAUGAUGACCCCUUGGAGCCUGCAACCACAGCGCAGAAUAUCGGCGACACUGAAAUAAGUGAUGCAGUGCCUCGUGAUGUUCUCCCCGAGUCCCACCAAGCAAAUGCAGUCGCGCAGGCGGAACCCAGGGAGCCCAAGGAGCCCAAGAAUAUCUCCAUGCCCCCCGACAGUCAGCCCCCACGGUCCAGUCUGGAUAUUGCAGAGAGUUCUGCUCCGAUCAACUUACAAGAUUGCUCGACAGUCCAAGUCGCAUCUGCUCAGCCAAGCGGCGAUCCCGACGUGCCAGUGGCCACAGGAGAGCCGGCCGAUGACGAGUGGCCAAUGCCAAUCUCCGGUAAGAAGGUGAAGAAGGGCAAGAAAAACCUCAAGAGCCAAGUCGACUCGAUGCCCCCGGAUGACCCGGCUGUCGGCUUGUCUAGCCCACCUACCGAGGACAAGUCUGUCCUCGAGGGUGGUGCGGUUUCUUUUGAGGCGGUUCAAUGCACCAUCCCCGAUGACAAGGGCCACUGCAGUACAACCGAGAAAACAGCAGACAUUGUCACUAAUGCUGAACAACAAGCUGAAGCAACAGAGCUUGUGACUCGCAAUAUCGGUGUGUAUGAUACCCAAGCCAUGGUAGACUCACCUCCUGCUUUAUCGACACUAGCCACUCAGCGUCUCAGUGACGGAGAUGAGGCGAAAGGCAGCGGAGCAGAAGAUUUUUGGCAAAGCACUCCACAGAAGACAUUAUCCAAGAAAGAGAAGAAGCGGGAGCAGGAGCAGCAGCAGCAACAGCAGCAGCCAAACUUUGCGGACCAGCCAGAGGACAAAGCACAAGAGGUACUUUAUGGGGGAGACAACAAGCCAGGAGAAAUGGUGGACCCAGUGGCCGCUGCUUCGAAUGGAUCUGUUGAAAGUCCAGUAAUUGCAGAACCUAUUACCACUAAGCCUGAGGAAUGGUUGCCGUCCAAAUAUGACGAGAAGAAAGCCGCAACGGCCGCGCUAGGUGCUGCUGCACCUGCCGCUGCCGGUGUCACUGGAACAAUGGUGACUCUGAAGGAAGAACACGAUCAGCCUGUUGCCGCACAGAAACCGACACAAUAUGGAGAAAGUAGGUCAUGGGCUGAUGAGAUGGAAGACGAAGCAGCCGUUACUCCCGCAGAACAAGAACCCGUCGUUAUCAAAACUCGGAAAGAAGCUGAUGACGUUGGCCCUGUUACAUCACACAAGGCCAAAAAGGGAAAGAAGGGCAAGUCUAGGGGAUCACCUCCUGACAAUUAUCCAACCCCCGAACCAAUACCAGCGACCGAGACAUUUCCGGAGACUCCUGCAGAAGCUGUCCCAGAGGGUAUUCCAGAAACAGCGGCACCCACUGUAGAGCAAGCCCCCGUCACUCAGAAAGCGAUUGACGCGGAGAAUGAAUCCAGGGUUGCGAUCUCUAAGAGAAAGACAAAGAAGGGCAAAAAGAACAAAUCAGGUAGCGAAACAAUAGCCUCUGCUGAGUCCGCAUUAGCCUCGGAGGAUACGAUGCUUGAGUCGACGCGGACAAUUCCGCAAGCCUUUAACGAGUCUGCCGCCUCGCCUGAUCCGGCCGAGGAUGACAUUGCAUCAAAGAAGAGUGGCGCCACCGUCAAUGAAGCGGCUGGUAACGAGUGGGCCAUGUCGUCGAAAAAGAAGGGCAAGAAGGGAAAGAAGAGCAAAUCCGGGAGUGGCUCAAUGACACCGAUAACGCCACUUGAGGAUUUCACGAUCGAGAUCACUAGGAGCGAAGCCACCGCGGCAGCGGAAGACCCGGCUACGUCAACUGUCGCAGGCAUUACGGAAGCCCGACAGGGAGCCAAGGAAGACGACGAGUGGGCAAUGCCAACCAAGAAGGAGGGCAAGGGCAAAAAGUCUGGUUCUAUGUCAUUGUCCGCCUUUGACGAACCCCUAGUUACGAAAUUGGAGGCAGAAGCUGGAACAGGCGGGUAUCGUGACCUCUCCGCCAUGGACGUGGAUGCUACCUCAGCAGGGAAGGCGGAUGAUGAAAUGACAACAGUUACGGAAGAGGCUAGACCGGAUGAAACUGGGGCAGUACCUGCUGCAAAGAAAGUCAAGAAGGGCGAGAAGAAGGGCAAGCAAAGCCAAGCCGCUGUGCUGGAUUCUUCUCGAAACGAUAUCGUUGUGGAACAGCAAGACCCAUCGUUUGAUGUAGCCGAGACACAACCAGAAGAGGCUGCCGACGAUGAAUGGACGGAUGACUUUCCUGUACCCAAAUCCAAAAAGAAAAUGGCCAAAAAGGCUGCUGCAGGAGUUCCUGCCGAAUCCGCCACUGAGAAAAAAGCUGUUGAGUCAUUCGAAGAAACUGCCGCGAAGGUUGCUCCUACGGACGAAACCGAUGACCGUCCUUCUGGAGAGGCUAUAAUGACCCGAGAUGUUGGUGAGCUUGUCAGAGAUGGCGGAGCCAAGAGUCAAUCAAGUCUAUCGGCACCAGCAACAGCGGGUGCAAUCACUGGGGGCGUAGCUUUACUGACGGAGAAAUUUGGAGGUGGCAAGAAGAAGACAAAGGGGAAGCAAAAGAAGAUUGUGGAUCAGAAGCGGCCACAAGACGAUGACAUGUUUGACGAUUCUGCCCUGUGGGAAGGGGCGGACAAGAAGACUCUGGAAAGUGGAAAGGAUGCGGAACUUGAGUAUUUCUGGGGCGGAGCGGCAGACGAGAAUGAUAGGAGGACGGGAGGAGGGGAAAUGGAGAAAGAUGUGUCCAAGGACGAGGGCGUGCUAGGAACUACGAACACCAGGGAAGUGAAGCACGUUCUGCCUAGAACAAUGAGUGGAAGCCUCACAGAAUCCGAGGGAGGAUGGACGGAGGCGGUCCAGCAUGGAGUGCCCCUCAAUGACGAUUUCGCGGAGAGUGUCCUUGGACGUGGAGAGGCCGCCGCACCGACGGCAUGGCGGGAACCGGCAGGGCUGUUGCGCCGAUCAGCAGGAGUUGGCGAGCCAGCUGGUGGAUUGCUCAAAGAGAGAUCCGAAUCCGAGCCAGCGUUACUACGUAUGGGCCCAGAGCCGGACUCUAGACGCUCUCCAUCAGGAGUCCUGCCUGCCGUCCAAGAAGUCCCCGAGGCAGAGGCAAUUGCAGCCCAGUACAACUGGCCAACACCGGAGAUGAAGCGCGACAGCGGCCUCGCCCCCGAGUCGCCGACUCGGCAGCCGCGCCGCAGUCUCGGUUUGACAGAAGACCAGCAACGAGACAGCGGCGUCCACACAGACGACUGCGGCGACGGCAAGAUGGACGCGCCGGGGGUGUCUACUGAGAAGAGGUUGCCGCAUCCGCCAUUCGCCACUCCUGUCUUGCCAGAGCCAAAGGCGGCUGUUGCUACGCCAGAGCCAGAGAAGGGGGAGAAGACGAGGAGCGCCGCGGCGGCCAAGACAAAAGACUACGGCGAGGUAGUCUCAACGGGAGGCGUCGCAGCCGGAGUGGCAGGCCGGUCAACAACAGAAGUGGACGCGGCAGGACGGCGAAGCGUGAGCGACAGCCCACACAUGUACGCACCGGGCUCGGCACCAUCAUCGUCAUCGUCUUUUGCAAAGGGCUCGGAUGGCUGUGGCGAGGAUGAUGCGGCUGCACGGGCCGAGCCAGUUGCGCGUCGGUCCGUGUCCAGCUCCAGCCUCUCCCGCCGGCGCACGCCUGAGCCGCUCAAGUUGCGGCCUGAAACCCCAGGCAUCCAAGGCAUCCAAGGCAUCCAAGGCCUCCAAGGCCUGAGACGAUCCACCCCAACCCCCCCACUUCGGCGCGUCGACAAGCGCAUGAGCGGCGACCUGCGAGCUCUUCGUCAACGACGAAAUUCUAGUUCCACUUCAUCAACAGCCACGCCCCCGGCGCCGACGCCUGCGGCCGCGAUCGCGACUGCCGCCGACUCCCAGGUUCUGCCGCCGCCCGUCGCCAACGAGAGCCGAGUCCGCUCCCGGGGCGAGGAGAAAAGCAUGGCCGACGUCUACGACGGCUACGGCGAGGGCCGCAUCGGCUCGCCGCGGUCGCCCACCCGCCCUCACAGCAUGCGCCGCCGCCAAAGCAUGCAGGUGCUUGAGCUCGAGUCCAGGGUCGAGCAGCUCGUGGCCGAGAACCGUAUGCUGACCGAGGCCCGCACGCAUGCCGAACAGAGCCUGAGCCAGAAGGCUGCCGGCCUCGUCUCCGAGCGCGACUCCGAAAUCCAAUCUCUCAAGCAAUCUCUGCACUUUUUGCAAAGAGAGGUGGCCCGCCUGACAGAGGUCAAUGAGGGCCUCACAAGCGCCAACGCGGAGCUGGCCAGCAAGGACAGCGGUCGCCAUGCCGACGUGACCCGCGAGCUGGACGAGGCUCGCGGCGCGCACACUGCGUUGACACAGUCGCUGCAGGACAAGGACGCCGAAAUCGCCGACUUGCGCGCCCGGCUGGAGGAAGCCAAGGAGCAGAUGUGCCAGAUGCAGCGCAGAAUCCUCGAGUCCAAGGCGGGCGACUCUAGCUUCCUCAACAUCAAGGACGAGGACUACUUUGACCGCCGCUGCCAGCAGCUCUGCUCGCACGUGCAGCAGUGGGUGCUGCGCUUCUCCAAGUUUUCUGACAUGCGCGCCUGCCGACUUACCAGCGAGAUCAAUGACGAAAAGACCGUCGACCGCCUAGACAAUGCCGUCUUGGACGGCACCGACGUCGACACCUACCUUCGGGAUCGCAUCAAGCGUCGCGACAUCUUCAUGUCCAUGUCCAUGAACAUGAUUUGGGAGUUUGUCUUCACGAGGUACCUAUUCGGCAUGGACCGAGAACAGCGCCAAAAACUAAAGUCUCUUGAGAGGCUGCUGACAGAAGUCGGCCCCGUGCAAGCCGUCCGCCAGUGGCGAGCAGUCACGCUGACCCUCCUCUCCAAGAGAGCCAGCUUCAAGGACCAGCGGGACCUUGAUACCGAAGCCGUUGUCCAGGCCAUCUACCAGACUCUCUGCAAAAUACUUCCCCCGCCGUCCAAUCUCGAGGGCCAGAUCCAGUCGCAGCUCCGCAGAGUCCUGCACGAGGCCGUCGACCUGUCCGUCGAAAUGCGUACCCAGCGAGCCGAAUACAUGAUGCUCCCGCCCCUGCAGCCCGAAUACGACGCCGACGGUGAAUUAGCGGCCACCGUGUCCUUUGAUGCCGCCAUGAUGAACGAGCGAAGCGGCACCACCAGCAUGACUAACGAGGAGCUUGAGGCCCAGGGCUCCGUUGUCCGAGUUGUUCUGUUCCCACUCGUUGUCAAGCGAGGAGACGACGAUGGCAAUGGAGACGACAAGAUUGUCGUCUGUCCCGCACAAGUGCUCAUUGCUCGCGAUGACAGGAUUCGACGCCACUACGCUCCAUCGAGCGAAGCCGGCGGCGCUUCUCUCGGCGCUCGCAGCCGCAUCAGCGUCGUCACUGAAUCAAUGGGAUUGGGGCAAUCUGAAGCCUAG